AUGUCCAAACACCCCUCCGACUCCUUCCUCUCCUCAGGUGCAGUUGACACUCCUUGGAGCACCUUCAAUCCACGACCGGGCUCAGGUAUCUCUGCUGCCGCCGGCAUCCCUCGCACCGUCCCAGAAGCCACCUUCGUUCCCUCUGCGCAUUCUAACUCCAACAGCGACGCUUCAACAUCGCCCACGGCAAUCAUGCAGUCACGAUCUCCAAAUGGCCAACCUAUCUCCCCACCCAAGACAAGGAGUUGCAGUGCCGACGAUAAUAUCGCAGCCUUGAUAGAAGAUUGGAGGGUCUACACACAAAACCUACGAAGCCAGCAUGAGGGGGAGAAAGCGCAUAUGAUAGCCGACAGGACGCGGAUGGAGGAGGUCAUGGCUGAGGAGCGGACUCUUUGGGACCUAGAACGAGAGAAUUUGAAGGCACAGAUCAGGAUGUUGGAAGCGGCAACAGCAAGGGAGGGAGGAGAGAGUGCUUUUAGCCCACCAGUGAUAGGCUAUAAAUCACCACCACAUGGAAGGAAUCAUGCUCUCAGUAUUGCCAGCAUGAGCUCGAAUGCCAUAUCUGUGUCUGGGAGCGUCGACAGCAGCUCACGCGCCAUAGCACAAGAAUCAGGACGAAAUGCAGAUGGAACGCCGUUCUAUGCCCCAGCCCCAAGAAAUCCCAGCCGUACAUUCAGCUCCUCUGAGACGUCUGAGCUACGUGUUGAUUCUAUUACUUCACCGCGAGAGAGUGCCAUCCGGGUCACGAGCAAAGAACUGAAAUCCUCUGAUUUUGGGGUGCAGUCUCCACUAGCGAGUGGAGAGUUAGAGUUGAUACCAGAGAUACCCCAAGAGACGAUUGAUAUCUCACAUAUCCAACCAGACCUCGAAGGUGUCCAGAUUAAAGCCUCGGCUGUGAGCCCCACGUUUGCAGCCAGGGUACUCAGUCCGGACUAUUCUCCUAGUAGGCUGUCACCGAAUUCGCAUUCCAAAUCAAAUAGAACAGAUGGCAGCCCUCCAAGCGGAAGUAGGAGCAGGAGUCCAGAGGAGAUAGCUGCGGAGAAAGAGAUGAAAACACUAGAGAUCGUGUCUGAGCCAUUCCAUAGGAGGCUAACCAUGCAUGCGGGCCACACUCCCAAUCAUUCGAUAACAAAAUUUGAAUUCUUGGGUGGAAGUGGAAGUGGAGGUGGCGAGAGUGGGAAUGAAACGCCCAGGGGAAAUCCGGCUACAGAUCAUCUCCAUCAUCCGUCUCUCGCGACCGGCCUUGACGAGGAUGGCUCAGUCAAUGUCGAUGUUGACGAUGAAGAUCAAGGAGAUCGAGAGUUGACUGGCCCGUUAGGGCUCACAAACGACAGCAUAAUGGAUGACUCCUUUUUGGCGCAACUAAUUCCGAAGCUAGAAGAAGCAAGGAAGACAUCCAGUGCCAGUCCUAGCACGGAAUCGGCAUCAGGCAGUAGCGUUUCGGCGGAGAAUACGAGCCGUCGGAGCAGCAGGCUGAGCGACGAUGAGGAUGACUUGAAAGAUGAUGGGCCCGUCCUGCGCCUGAAGCCGAGCUUCAACUUUGGAAGGCCGAUGGGAAGCUUUUGA